AUGGCCGACCCUAUCAUUGAUUUCGCCCAUCAUGCCCACAAGUUCCCGAGCCUGGAGUCGCGAGGGAGGUAUGAACUCCAGCGCGACUGUGCCGCCAUAGCGGCGGAGGCAGCCGAGCACGCAGUCCAAAAGUUCAAACCGGAGCAGAUUAUGGCCGACGCCGAAGCGAGGGGCAACCGCGCCCGCCGAGUCAUAACGGCCCGGGAGGAGGCCGCCGGCGAGCCGAAGUACACCGUGACGCGGAUGGACGUGCUCGAGGUCGACUUUUACCGCCUCGUGGCUACGGCGGCCAGGAACCUUGUUCAACGGAGGAAGAGGGUCCUUGAACAGGAUGUUGCCGAGAGAAAGGAGCUCGCCGAACGUGUCACCGGGGAGCUGAGCCGUCUUUCCGAGCAGUAUCGUGCCUCCAAGGAAGACGUCAUGUUAGCUUUGGAAGCCAAGGCCAGCAAUGACGGCGGUUUUGUCAUGGUUCCUAACUCUGAAAGCGUGGGCACCGAGCCGCAAGAGGGGAGCAGCGUCGAGGGGUGGAUUCAUGCAGCGGUGGACGACGAGUUUUGCGCGGGAAUAGAAGUUGAGACGGACGACGACUGGUCCACGCGGGGAAAGCAGUACUUCAUCGUCAUUAAAAAGGGCAUCCCUCGCUGA